UAGUACAAAUUAUCAUAUCAAUGCACUGAAGUUUGCUGAGAUUGUGUAAUAUACGCGGUGUGUUUCAUUUGUAGCAAUAUUAGGUAUUCUCUCUGUGUGAAAACUGUAAAAACUGUUCGGGUGUAUCGCGUUUGAGGAAAAUGGCUAAUACAGACGACUAUUUGACGACUUAUCGAGAGUUUUUCGAACAUUUCGCCGAAACGGUAAACCCGAACGAUCAACUACCUGUCAAGUUAGCCAGCUACAAAUUGAUAAACGUCGAAGUUGUGGGAGCAAUUAUAGAUUGGACGACACAGUAUUUGAGCCAAAAGCAAUGCCCACCUCAUUUAUAUUCACCUCUCAUUAAAAUUAUCAUCGAAGAAAUAAGAAAAGCCUGUAAAAAACACCCCUUAAACUAUGGAUUUAGUACUUCAGACAACGCUUACGAACCCCUCAAACUCAUGCAAGCCGUCAUGGCGAAAACUAACGAAGUCUGUCUCCGAUACACGGACAACAGCAUGUUGUGUUCCUUACCCGGGCCUACAAACACUUACUUCGAAACCAGUAUAUGUGCAGCGAGGAACAAGAGAAGAACUAUGGAAGACAGACACGUAGCAAUACACGAUUUAAACACUAUGUUCAAUAUUCAGGAAGCUAGUCCGUCCAGUUACUACGCAGUAUUUGAUGGUCACGCAGGUCACGACGCAGCCGCGUAUAGUGCUGCGCAUCUGCACCAGUAUUUGGCCGAAAACAAGCAUUUUAUUAGUAAUCCCGAACAAGCCUUAAUCGAUGCCUUUUGUAAAACAGACGCUUUGUUCCUAGAAAAGUGCAGAGUGGAGAGCCUAAGCAGUGGUACGACAGCCGUGGCUGCCUUAUUACGGCCAAAAGAAAAAGUUUUGUACAUAGCUUGGGUGGGUGAUUCACAAGCAAUACUAGUUAACCAGGGUAGGGUAAUGCAAUGUGUUAAUCCACAUAAACCAUGCAGAGAGGAUGAAAGGAUAAGAAUUGACGAAGCUGGUGGCUGUGUUAUGAUGUUGUGGGGUACGUGGAGAGUUAACGGACAACUCGCCGUUUCUAGAGCAAUCGGCGACGCUGAUUAUAAGCCUCACGUCAUAGCGAUACCGGAUGUCCGAGAGAUUCCAUUGGACGGAGGUGAAGAUUUUCUUGUUUUGGCAUGCGAUGGUAUUUGGGACGUCUUGUCAGAAGAUGCUGUAGCUCAGGAGGUGUACUAUUUGAUUAAGGAAAAACCAGACGACACCGAGAGAAUCAGCAAACACCUGGUCCAGUUCGCCUGCUGCCAGAACUCCACCGACAACAUCAGCGUGAUCGUGGUGUUCCUGCGCGACCCGCACAAGAUCGCGAGCGAGGCUCACCGGUGGGCCGCCGCCAACGAGGAGGCUCAGCCUCAGACCCAAGCCACCACCCCCACAGCUGACCAAAUGGACACCGAGCUGGAGAACGCCAACAACGGGCCCUUCGCCAACACCAACGGCACCGGCGCCCACUUUGCCAAGCUGGAGGCCGAUAAUAUUCACAUACAGAAGGGAGGGGAGGGGUUGUUGUUGAAUUUGACAGAUAACUUCAAGCAGCAAGGUGCCAAUCUGACAGACGAUUUCUUCCUAACGGAAAAAUCAAACGGCACCAAACGUUCCACACCCGAUCUACAUUCAGACGACGACUUCGGUCCUGAAACCGCAGUUGACGAUCCCUUCACGCCCACAGAAAAAUCACACCACGACGCCUUCGAGAAGCCCUUCAAAACCUUCAGCGACGAGGUGAAGGCUUUCGCGGACGGUCUGGCCAAUAACAAUCCUCUUCAGGGCGAUUUCCAUCAGUUUUUGAGGGAGACCAGCGAGGAGAAUGAGAAGGAAAGUGAUGCCAUAGAUGAUGAAGGUGAUGAUAGGGUGGAGGAGGAACGCGGUCCGCCUGUUGGUGCUGGUCACGAUGCUAGUGGUUUAGAAGAAAACCCAGCAGAUAGUGAUUCAGAAGACGAGUGGAACUAUAUCAAAGGGGACCAAGCUAACAAAGAAAAUAUAGCUCCGCAACCAGAUUCGGUUGUAGAGGACUCAGACGACGCAAUGUCGCAGUUGAAUCCAAACGCAGCAGAAUUUGUGCCUGUAUCACCGACACGUAGCGUAGCAUCACCCACCUGUAGGGCUUUAAUCAACGACGAGGUUCUAGCACAAUCUCCCAAAAGGCCACAAGCAGUAGACAUAAAUGUACCUAAUGAAAUAGAUUUCGAAAAAGAGAUCAAGUCCAGACCUAGCGACGUAGCAAACGGAAAUGGUCAUGCUCAUGAUGAAAUUGAUCACGAAAGUCCGGCUCGCGAAAUCAUGGAGAACAUCUUGAACGGCAAAAGUUUAGACGAAAUUCCCGAGUUUCAACCGGGCAGUACUCCCACCAAGGUGCUGCCGUCGGAAGAGUUCCAUUUCGGCCCCAACGCUGCACCAUUCGCCUCUAAACCUCUCGAUCAGUCCGAAGCUUUUUCCACAAAGGCCAAUUUCGGAGACGACACGGAACAAACCCUCAACGAAUCCGAGUUCAGUAUCGUGAACAAGGAACAAGACGACCCCAUGUCCAUGUCGUUCUACGCGGAGAAAGGCGAGUCCAACCCGUUCGAUGACGACCUCAACAAGGUCCACCAGCUUCCCGACGACCUAGACGAAUUUCUGAAGAGGGGCGAAUCGAAAACGGAGAAGCUCCUGGACGACACCAUUUCCGAUCUGCCCGAACACUACCCGUUGGGCGGCGGUGCGCAGACGCACGACAACGACCAGGCGGCCAUCCAGACCACCGAUCUAGAUAAACUGUCACAGGACGAUGAAAAAGAGUUGGCUUCGCCGUUGGAACCCGACCAGGAACCGAUUGAAACCGCGAAAACUCCAGUCACAGACAAUUUACUCGAAGAUUUCGUCGCGGUACAAGAAAAAACGGAUUUGGCCGAACAAGUUUCGGAAAUAAGCGAAUUAUCAGAGGUUGAACAAUCCAAAUCAACAGCACCUGAAGACCUUUCCGAACCUAUCCAGUCCCCAGUCGAAGAACAAAGACAAAACUUCACGAAAUCGCCGGAACUCGGUCACGAAGUCGAACUCCUUCGACCCAGUGCACCGUAUCUCGAAGAAAACGCCGAUUUGUUGGAGCCCGAAGUGCAGAAACCAGCCUUGGAAGUGGAGGAUUUACUCAAACCUGCCGAGCCCGUGGAUCUGUUGGAGUCGAAAUCGCCGUUCCAUCUGGAGGCAGAACCGUCAAAUUUCGGCAAUGUGGAAGAACCGGUUCCGUUCGAGCGCGCUAGUCCUGUUUGCGAGUUUAGACAGGAAGAAAGCAAGUCGCCGUUUGAUGCGUUUGACGAUUUGAAUGUAUGCAGUAAGGCACCUCCCAGUGAUACACAUGAGACUGAAUUUAACCCUAAGAGCGAAUUCGAACAAAUAAACGUAGAACAUCCGAUUCCGGACGUUCCGAUUACCGAACAUGCGCCUUUCGCCGCACCUGCUUGCGAAUAUUCGGCCGAUCCUGCCUGCGAAUUGCAACAGCCCGAACACGCUUUAAAUUUACAAGAAGAGGAAAUCACAUCGUCCAUCAAAGACGACGAUAUUUCGUCACCCAUUGAAUCUCCUAUUAAAUCGCCGGAACCUUUGGUUGAAGAACAACAGGUGGUUCAGCUAGAAGAGAAGGUUACUGAAAGCAAAGAACUAAACCUACCUUCUACAGGUAUAGAAUCAUUCUCCUUUGAUACAACACCUGAAGUGCCAGUUUCUGAAAAGGAAACUGUUUUAUCGCCCCAGACAGAGGAACCGGCGAUUCCCAGUUUUCAACAGCCGUCAUUCGUACCGCAGCCUUUUGCAUCACAACAGUUUUAUGGUUUUGAAUCUGCUGCGCCGGUGGAAGAUUCGCGACCUUUUGAAUCGCAACAAUUUCACGGUUUUGAAUCUGCAGCGCCACAGGAGGAUACACGACCGUUUUCUUUGUCCAAUGGAUUUGAUAAUCUGAAUUCCGAAAUUUCAAUCAAGACUGAACACAUUCAACCCGAAUUUGCCGAACAGACUGUUAUAACGCCUUCUGAAGAAAGUAAAAUAUUAGAUGAUGUUCCUACAGUGCCUCUGAUUGAGACGCCAGUUGAGGAACCUAAACCAGUACCCGUUUCGGAACCCGCCCCUGUCAUAGAAGAACCCGUACAAGCUCUACAAACGACAGAAGUUUCCCAGGAAGCUCCGAAAGAAGUUCCACUUCUGGCACCGUUGCCCGUGUCGCCUGUAGUAACGCAAGAACCCACAGAAGUUAAGAAAGACGAGAAGAAACCUACGCCAGCUUCUUCUAAGAAACCAAUCGGUAAAGUAGCACCUAGUAAAUCGGCUACAGCUACAUCAAAGGUUGGUGCAGCGGCGUCAAAAACCACAGCAAAACCUUUGGGUACUGCUCCUAGGACGGGACUGGCGUCUAAAGCUCCAUCAAAAACAGGUACUGCCACGAAACCUGCUCCUAUCGCCGCCACACGACCAUCACCCAAACCAAAAACGGCAACGACCACGGCGCCCAAAACCCUCGAACGAAAACCUCUCACGAACGGAGACGUCAAACCUGCACCCAAAACACUAACGAGGAAACCUGCUACAGAAGCCCUAGCUACCAAAACGACAGCGCGACCUGCUACAGCUUCGGCUAGAACGAAUUUAACGAAGACAACGACACCUCCUAGGCCGGCCACAGCACCUAGAGCCGCGGUACCAAAAGCAAGUAGUACCACGGUGAGCAAGACCACCACGUCUACGCUUACAGCCAAGCCUAGAACGACUAAUCUUACUAGUAGGACGUUGAGUAGCGCCGUUAGUAAGACCACCACGACUACUACAUCUAGGGCGGCACCCGCUACAUUAUCACCCAAAACAGCAACAGCUCCCAAACCAAGAACAAUCACCAGCGCACCGCCUAAACCAAGAGUACCACUGAGUAAAACAAUCACCAAGAGUGCCGACGUAGAGAAACAGAACAAAGAAAGCGCGAACAAGAUUACCGCAUCUCGUACCACUACCACGACCAAGACCACAAGCAGUUCAUUGGCUAGUAGAACAACCACCACAGCUAAGAAAACUGAAACUAAGCCUCUGACGAGACGGCCUAUCCCACCCAAAACCACCACCUCCACUACGAAAACGACGUCACCCCGAAAACCAGGUGACGUCAAGCCUCCCGCCGCCACCAAAACAAAGACCACCAAAGUAGAAAAACCGAAAGAGAACGGCAUCGCUCCGACCAGCGUGACCACCGAGGAAAUCAAAGAGAUCACCGUGGUCAGCAAUAACGUGACCGCCGAAUCGGAAGACCUGCUAAAAGACAACUCGCCGCUGGACAACAAACUGUUGACCGGCGCAAGUAACCCCUUCAUAGAAGCCACGCCGGCGGAUUGAAAACCCCGUAACCCUAUCAAGGUUCGAUAAGUAUCCGCUCAGGUACUUGUCCGAGAACAAUUUUUACCAAAUUUUCUCGUUUUCUACGACCUGUUGUACGGUACGGGAAACCGAACUCUACUGUUUCGGUAGCAUUUUAUUUUAUACAUAUAUAUAAAAAAGAUUUUUUUCUAGAGCUGUGUUAAUUUUUAAAUCUGUCGGUUAAGGCGGUGCGGGCCUAACCGUAGUUUUUUAUAUAAUUGUUAAGAUUUAACUUAUUAACGAAAGGAUAGGUAAUGGAUACGGUUUUCUGGAUAAGAAUGCAGUCUAAGACAAACUUGUAAACCCUUAGAUUUAUUAAAUAGAAAGAAUUUAAAAGAUUUUUAUUAAUGUCAGUGUCGUUAAAGCGAUUUGACAGAAUUCAUUUAUACAUAUUUGAAGUUCCUAGAUAUGGUAUAGUACUGCUAUUAUAGUCUGUACAAACAUCAUUCAACGUAACGUCAUCAUUAUCUAAUCAAUAAGAGAUCAGAAAAUUUCGGGUACGUUCCGAAAUAAUUAAUUGAGUGCGUUCCGAUUUCAUGAAUUUAAAUUUCAACAAAGGGAUUUGAAUUUUAUUUGACAGCGUAGGCAAUUUUUAAUUUUGACACUGAUCAAUAUCCUUCAAUAGGAUCAAACCAAUAUAAGUGAAGUUACAUUUACUAAAAAUAAUCAUCAGUAUUGUUGAAAUUGCCUUAAUGUCAUUCAUAACUUAUUUAAACUUUUUUUCACACACACGUAAAAGAGGGAGUAAUUAAGGGAGUAAGAAAUUAAACGAUGGUUUGUAUAGACUAUCCCUACAUUUUGAGACGAUUAGAAACGUGAAAUUUAAAAGUUUGUACAUUUAUAUUAUAUUUACAAGCAAUACAUUCUUUGAAAAGGCUUUUGACUAGCAAGCUACGUUAAACAAGUUUAUUAGACAAAAUUUAUUGUCAAAAUAUAAUUUUUUGAAACUAAACAGUUCAACAAUAUACACCAUUUUGACUCAAAACUAGUGGGCAAACCAAUUGCAAUUCAAAAGUCCCUAAAUAUACAAUUACUGUAUAUAUUUAGGGACUUUUGGAAACUAAAUUAGCCGUACUUUUUGGAUCUAAUGACUUUUAACAUGUUCAUACGAUCGAAAAAAAAAUGGCGUCAGAGUUAGCUUGUAAUAAUCUAUCGUCAAUUCCAAGCCAAAACUAGUUUCUAUAUACUCAGCUGUUUCUUUAAAAUGAAUGUUAUCUUACUAAUCUUUCAUAAAAUCUUAUAGAAAAAGAAUUAUUUUUCUAUUUGUCUAUCUUUAUAUUUCUGACGAUUUACGAGACAGAACUCUGUAGAGCGCAUUCUUAUCCUGGACACCCUGUAUAUGAUGUAGGCUUAGUUUAAAAUUACACCAAGGCUAUAAUAACACAUCUAUAUUUGAAAAAAAAUCAAUAAAAAUAUUUACCAUUUCAAAUAGAUUGAUGAAAUAUAUGGUCAAAAAAAUUAAUUUUUGUGUAAAUGUUUUUCUUUGUGUUUCCAAAAGGGUGUGUUGUCACGUGUCGACAGUGAGGCCAACAAAAAAAAAGAGUGAUGGUACUUAAAUAUAUUUGUCUCUAUGAGUUAAUUUAAUUGACUUAAUAUUAUCAACCUGUGUUUUUUUUAUGAAAUAGUACAUUAUACAAUGGAUAAUAUAUUUUAUAAGUGGUAGUUUGGCAGAUAUACGGUAUAUACAGGGUGACGAUGACAAAUGGGGAUUCCAGUCAUUUGUCGUUGUUACCUGGGUAUAUUUUUUUUAACUAAGUUUUACAAGUUGCUGAUAUAUACAUAUAUUAGUAUUAACAUGAAAAAAAGUCCUACGAAAGAGAAAAAAUGUUAAAAAAAAU